GUCAUUGUCAUCAUCUUUCUGAUCUUUAUGUUAUCAUUAUUAUUCCUCAAGAGGGGAGGAAGAAGGGCUUCUAUUGUGUAAGGUGAGGGAAAGUGACCUGUGAGGUCACGGGUAGUGUUGGUGAAUUUCAAGGAACUCCUCCUAUGGGCAAGGAGAGGCUUUUAAUGCCAAAGUGCCUUAAGAAGAACCACUCGAGUUCAUCUGCCAGAGUGUCACUCACCAGUGGAACGGCUUUUCAACAGAGACAUGAUGACAACACCAGACGGAUUUCCAGCCAGUUUCUAUGGCGAACCAGGAGUCUUGGGAAUAUUAUCUAAUGGGAUCAGUGCAUUCCUCGUACUUCUACAAAACUUCAAUACAGCACACACUGGUAUUGCACCAGUCGGGGUGGAGAACAUACUUGCAGGUGUUCAUCUCAUCCUCAUUGGUGGUUUAUGCCAAAUGGUGGCCGGAUUGCUUUCCUUUAGAAAGUACGACCAUCUGAGUGCCACUGCCUUCAUUGGGUAUGCUGCUCUUUGGAGCAGUUUUGGUGCCACCCGAAUCUUCUUUGGGGCCUUAACUGUAACUCCUAUAACAACAUCUGUGCCACAACAGAUGAGCAAUUUGUCGCUGUCCACCAACAUGUUCAGUAACAUAUCUCUGAACGCCACCACUGAGAUCCCAGUUUGUUAUUUAUACAUGUCCUUAAAAGAAUCAGCCAUUGCUGGUCUGGUCCCCUUCAUUCUUUUGUCCUUUAUCCUUGCGUUUUGCUCUGCCACAGUAAACUACAUCAUGCCUUUUGUUUUCGGAGCCAUUACUGCCACAUUAGUUUUUGAAGCAGUGGGUAUGGUAUCAAGUUCCUGGGCUCUCGUGGUCUCUGGGGUUCUGGAGUUGCUCAUUUUGAUUUUCGCCAUCUAUGGUUCAGCUGUACUGCUCAUCAAAGGCUUGACUCAACGUCUAGCCCUCAAAGGCUUCGGUACCCCCCUCUUUAAUGUUCUCCUCCUAGGGACCGGCAACUCAGGAAAGGCCCAGAACCUUGGCCAAGAGAAGAAGAAAAACACAAAAUAUGCAGAGCCCAUGGCCUUGGGUUUCUUCUGUGACACAGUUGCCCCCUUCAUCUUUGCUUUCUACAGCUUUGGGUACAUGAAAUCCUUUGGUUUAGGAGCCGCAUGGAUCUCAAUCAUCACAGUUGCCCAGCUGUUCUCCAGCUAUUAUGCCCAUCUGCGCCAAGACUGCUACCACACAACUAAGUUUGGUCUUCAUGCAACAUAUUGGCUGAUCAAGGCUUGGGAUGAGUUUGUGGUAUCUGCUCUGGUUUUGGAGGACACUAUUGUAAUCUCGGGAAGGGCAAUGAUGGUGGGAGAUUGGUUCUUUGUGAUGGCAGGCGUGGUGCUGUGUGUGGCAGGCCUCAACACAGAUGUCCUGGAGCUCAUCCACAACAUGCUGUUUGUCCUGCUCACAGUCGCCACAAUCCCUCAGAUUCCUCUCAAGGGAUACUACAUCUUUUUUGGUAUAGCAUGCUCCCUCUUCACAGCAGUCUCCCUGUAUGGUACUUUUGCCCGUCUUAUAAACAGCAUAGCAGAGAAGGCUCUAAUCCGCGUAGGACCACAGCCCAUCUCUUCUGACCAGUUGAAGAAGGCUUUGAACUGCUACAGGGCCGAAAAGGGAGACCAGGAGUCGCUUCCCCAAAUGGACCAGGCCUCAGACGCUCUAUUCUACCUUUUAAAUGGAGUUGCAGCCUUCUCAGCUCUCACUAUAAAUUCAGCGACCACAAAUCCCACCUUCCUUCAUCUGACUGUCCCUUGGGUCUUAAUUUCUGGAGGCAUCAUCCAGGCCUACGUCAGCCGUCUGCAAGUGACAGGAACUGGUCGGUUCGGGUCGGUCAUCGCAUCCAUCUAUGUAGCAGUAUGGGCAACCUGGACCUGGUUUAGGUUUGCAGCUGACUUGCUUCAGUUUUCGAGACAUGCGGCUUAUGCUUUCACAGCAGGAGCCAUUGCUCUUCUGGUCAUUAAUGCUUUCCUCAUGCUGAUUGCUGCCUUCAGGAACCUAGUUUUGCUGUUUCUAACAACAGUCAUGGAGGUUGUUCUGGUGUGUUUGCUGCUGUCCACUCUGCAUCGACUGCCCCUUGGACUAGAAAUUGCCAUGCUUGUACUACUCACAGCAAUUUGUAUAUAUGGAGCUCUGGCAUCACUGGUGAACUGCAUCUUCUCCCAGAGGCUGCUACCUAUGGGCCCUCCUCUAAUAAAGGCGGAAGCGAAGGAGGAGUCUGCUGCAGAACUGCCCUGCCCUGUUCACCAUUCCCGAAUCACCAGUGGUCUCCUGAAGAUUGCUGGCACUCUGGAGGCAGGCGGAGUGUGUGGUAUUCCUACGGACACUGUGUAUGCCCUGGCUGCCUCCUGCAAGAACCCUCAAGCUAUAGAAAAAAUCUACAAUAUUAAAGACCGACCAGCCGAGAAGCCCAUCUGCAUUUGCAUCGCUAAUGUGGAGCAGCUGGUGACAGCCAAGCCUCCCUUCAGCCUUUUGUUGUGGGAGUUUAUGAGGAAUGUUUAUCCAGGAGGCAUCAGCUGCAUUGUCAGCAAAGGAGACUGGCUACUCAGACUAGGAGUGGGACCAGCUUAUGAUCGUGUCGGCACCAAGGACAGCAUCAUGAUCCGUGUCCCUGACCACACUGUGACGUGCCACCUGUGUGACAUCACGGGGCCCCUUGCUAUUACUUCGGCGAACCCCAGCGGAGAGCCAGACAGCACUCACCACACCAUGGUCAUCAAUCGACUGGGGCACAAGAUUCAAGGGGUUCUGUGUGAUGGAGACUCUAAUGAAGUUGUUGCUUCCACCGUGGUCAACUGCCUGAAGAUUGAUGAAGGGACCAUCGCCAUUCUGAGAGAAGGCUGUGUCCCUGCCGAAAAAGUCAGACAGAUAUUUGAAAGAGUGAAAAGCACCAUGGUGUGAUUGUUCAGUGCCUAAUUUCACUCUCUCAGAGAGCCUCUUCGUUCUAUACAAGAACAGCAACAUCUCAGAGACGCUUUAGAGUGUGUGAGAGUGAAUGUGUAUGUAUUGCUGAUAUUGUGGAUGUGCAUAAAUGUAGAUGUCUUGGCAAAUGCAAUGAAAUAAGCUGUUGGUGGACACCUGAGACACGAAGAACCUCUGCUGGGCUACCACAAAAUAAUGAAAAUAAAGUGUUUAAGCUGUAUUGUUUAAGAGAGAAAUCAACAAAGGACCCUGUUUUCAAGCUCACUUUGCAAAGAAGGAAUUUGACUAAUGUAUAAAGUGUGUGUGCCAAAUUAUUAAUAUAAAUAUCAAAUUAUCAAAAAUUGUAUUUUCAAUUGAUUCAUUGUUUUUUAUAGCAUUUCUCACUCUAUUCAAUAGCUCACAAUUUUAAAGUGACAGGAAAGAAAUGGAGCAAGACGGGGUAAAUGAAAUGCAAGUAAGGCCCCCAGCUGGAAUUGAAACUGGGACGUAGCAAGCAGUUAGAACAUAUGGUGGACAAUUCAUAAAGUGUACAUCCAUUAAUGGCUCAAUGAAUUGCACAUCACUUGCAAUUUCUUUUUGUCCCAUCACUAGGUAAAAGAAACAUGUUGCACAAUUGUUUGACCCUCAAAUUACACAGAACUCCGGAAAGAUAUAUUGUAUGUGAAGAACAUUGUGAAGUUAAUUCUGAAAUAAUCCGUAAAGACAAACAGUUCUUUGAGUGGUGUUCAGUAGCUGCAGUCUGUGUGUAACAGGCAACAUGUCUGGUUUAAAUGAGUUCAGAGUAGACGUGCCUUUAUUGUGUCCCUUUGGAGAAGUUUUUGGUCGCACCAUAUGAAUCUUAUUUUUGUAUUGCAAUAAAAAUCAAAAUCCACUUGAAGAAGCAAUUUAAAAUAACAAUGGCGUGUGGUGUCAUUAACUUCAGUAGUUGAGGUGAGCACAUGAGUGGAAAGACACUUUGCAAUGUUGUUUAAUGUGAAAACAAACCAGGACCAUUAACUAAACUCAAAAUGGUUGUCUAAGGAAGGAGAAAGACUGAUAUGUUAACGGCAGAAUUUAAGAAACCUGAAAAGAGUAUGAAAGUAUCCUGAUGUGGAGUCAACCUGUUCAACACCUGUCCUGCACCCGU